CGCCUGCCGUCGAGCUCGUGGCCGGCUUCCAUGGACGCUCCAGCGGUCAGCCGAGCCACGAAUGGGCAAGCAUCCUCUCCGAUCGACCUGCCUCGGCCUGCCAAGCGACUGAGAGCAGCAGACCUGAUGCAAGAUGCAGCAAGUGCAGAUGAAAAAGAGCAAGACGGCAGUGCCGGGCGGGCAAACAUAGGCCAGGAGGCUGACAGCCCAUCAGCUUUGGCUCGGGGCGCGGACGGAGAGCAAGAUGACGCCAAGGCAGAAGACAUGCUCAUCUCUGCCCGUAUAGACGAGCUCGACCGCCUCGAGGCAGAAGAGAGCGCUGCCAGACAAUCCCACCGUCAGGGCCUUGCUGCACCGACGACCAACGGCAAGCGGCAGUCACGCAGCAAUGGAGCUGCAUCGGACCUCUAUCUGGACACUGUCAACCGCGCCGUACUCGACUUUGACUUUGAGCGGCUCUGCUCGGUCUCAUUGAGCACCAUCAACGUCUACGCUUGCCUCGUCUGCGGACGAUACUUCCAGGGUCGUGGUGAAAAGAGCCAGGCCUAUGCACACAGCAUCGGCGAGGACCAUCACGUCUAUAUCAGCCUUGACUCCCUCAGAGUCUACGUUCUACCGGACAACUAUCAGGUACACGAUCCGUCUCUCAAUGAUAUACGCUACUUGCUUCAACCUGUCUUCACCACCUCUGUCCUGACCAGACUCGACAAUGCGCUUUUGCCGUCCUAUGACCUUGCCGGUCGAGCCUAUCUGCCAGGCUUCGUCGGUCUCAACAACAUCAAGGCCAAUUCUCAUAUGAAUGUCGUCUUACAAGCGCUCAUGCACGUCGUCCCUCUACGCGACUACUUCAUCCUCAAUUCGCAACCUGCCGCCCAAGGCCAGAUCUCCACUGUCCCACCCGCACGAGACUCGCCUAUGCCACCCUCAACAGAUCCCGGGCCGUCUGUCUUUGAACGUGACCAGCGUUCCGAGCUCGUUCAGCGUUUUGGCACACUCUGCCGCAAAGUCUGGAACCCAAAGAUGUUCAAAGCCCAGGUCUCGCCCCACGACUUUCUCCAGGAAGUCACCCUUGCGUCAGGCGGCAAGUUCAGUACAACCGAACCUGGCGAUCCCCUCGAAUUCCUCAGUUGGCUCCUCAAUUCGCUUCAUAGAGAUCUAGGCGGCAGUCGUAAACGAAGCAGUAGCAUCAUCUACGAAGCCUUCCAAGGCGAGGUCAGACUCGAAGAUCAAGCAGUGCUCGUCAUGACCGAAGAGGGUUCCGAAAAGCCGCAAUUCGAUCUCGCGAGAGAUAUCCAUGGCACCAAGUCACCCUUUUUAUUCCUUGUCAUCGACUUACCAGCACCCCCUCUUUUCCAAGAUGCAGUGAAUGAGAAGAAUAUCAUUCCGCAAGUGCCAAUCGCAGACAUUCUCGCAAAAUAUGAUGGCAAUACGACUGUGGAAUCUGCUGGAAGGUUGCGGCGGUACAAGCUGAAUCGACUGCCACCGUUUCUGAUUAUGCAUUUCAAGCGAUUCACGAGCAACAACUUUGUAGAAGAAAAGAAUCCGACCAUUGUCAAUUACCCUCUCAAAGGUGUGGACAUGGAAGAAUACAUCGACUCGGAAGCAAUGCAAGACGAUUUUUCGACAGUCUAUGACCUUGUAGCAAAUGUCACUCAUGCUUCGACAGCCGGCACAGCGAGAGAGAACACCACCUGGACCGUCAACGUGCAUACCCAGCCAGAAACGGCGAAAGGUGGCGAGGGUCGCUGGUUCCAGAUUCAAGAUCUACUAGUCGAAGAGAUCAAUCAACAACUAGUGUUUCUCGGAGAAACCUAUAUCCAAAUAUGGGAGCGCAGGCCACCGCUUGGCCAGAAGAACAUCUUGCGCGUGCAAGAGGCGAGACGUCAAGACAAGAUCUUGUCCACACGAGCUCGCAUCGCGGCUGCCAACGUGGGCAAGGGGCCAGUCGUCCCGGCAUCAAACGCCCCGAAAAAGAGCUCAAAGUUGAAUAUGGGCAAGCCAAAGGUCGAAAAGGGAGAUAGCAACUUCGAAGUCUGACCGCUGUGUUCUUGGAGCAUCUCUUUUGGUCAAAACAACAGACUGAUCAUUCCUCUGUCGCCUCCGAUAUCCUGCUCAAUGGCAUGCGCUCGACAUUGAGACCGGAUCUCAUCUCCAAUCGCUCAUCCCUCAAGCUAGUGUCUUCUUGCGGUGCUUUGCUCGCAAAAGGCGUCACGAGCGAGGAAUACGCUGGGUCCCAGCGGCCGGUAGUAAGAAGAAAUCAAACGUGUCGAGUCUCGAGUACUCACAAAAGCUCGACCGCUCGGCGCCCUUUGUCAGGUAGUAAACGGGCAGACCCAGCGCGAUGAAGCCGAAUGCAGCUAAAGCUUCGAGAGGCGCGCU